UCUACGUACUAUACGGAAAGUCAGCUGGGACAUCCAGUCUUUGAGACAAAAUAUGGCCGCAUUGCUGUGAACAUUUGUUACGGACGGCAUCAUCCACUCAACUGGCUUAUGUAUGGUCUAAACGGAGCCGAAAUCGUGUUUAAUCCCUGCGCCACAAUCGACACCCUCAGUGAAACACUGUGGCCCAUAGAAGCACGUUGCGCUGCCAUUGCUAACAAUUACUUCACUGUGGCGAUCAACCGCGUUGGGACGGAGACCUUUCCGAAUGAAUUCACCAGUGGUGACACGAAGCCGGGACAUACGGAUUUUGGUCACUUUUUCGGAUCAUCAUAUAUCACCGGCCCGGAUGGCGUCCGUACCCCGGGUCUUGAUCGUAUUCAUAAUGGGCUGCUGAUUGCGGAAGUAGAUCUCAACUCUUGCCGUCAAGUACGAGAUUCCUGGGGCUUUCGUAUGACACAACGACCCGAACUAUAUGCCGAAAGUCUAACGGAGUAUGUGAAGAAGCUACAACAUAAGCACUGAUCCUUCGUUCUUUGGACUUCGAGAUCUGCUGCUCUGUUUGGCAUGACAUCCGUUCCUAGCAGUCCCAACAAUUAGCUUCAACAUAUCUCCACAUGUAAUUUAUUAUCGAUUAUUAUUAUUGAUAACCUUGUCAUAAUUAAUUUUCGGUGCUUGGAUGAAUAAAGCAAUACUCCGAU